AUGGACCGAACUCAGCUGAACAAAAAGCGCAAGAUUCUGCGGAACCAGGUGACGACGAUCCAGAACGAUCUUGACCGACGAACGGCGGGUGAAGAACCUCAGGACAUUACCGAAUUGGCAGCACGCAUCGACAGGCUACAAAGCCUCAACGCCUCUCUCAAAGAAGUCGAUAGUCAGAUCGAACCUCUUCUUACUGAAGAUGAGUUUGACCAGGAGUUCACGAAGCAGCUGGAUUAUCAAAACAGAUUGGAAAUGACCCUCUUCAUGGCAAAGGCACACGUCGACGCCCGUAGACGUGCUGUGACCACCUCUGAUAUCCCUGCUAUCGCACAUCCACAGGGAGAUGCCUCCCCUGCGCGGGUACACACCGUUCAAGCAACACAAACGCAAGCCGCUGUUCGCCUUCCCAAACUAGAAAUGCUGAAGUUCGACGGCAAACGAUGUCACUGGCAGCAAUUUUGGAGUCAAUUCAAUGUGACUAUCCACACCAAUGCCUCACUCCCUGAGAGUAGCAAGAUGCAGUACCUAAUGGCUGCACUACAAGGGGAAGCUGCGAACGCCGUGGAAGGUCUACAGUUGACUCCUGGCACUUACGAAUCUGCCGUCGAGAUUCUCCGCAAUCGUUUCGGCAACGAUAAUCUACUAAUUCAAGAACACCUCAAAAGCCUGGCGGAUAUCGAACCCGUACGUUCGAGCCGACAUCUCUACGACUUGCGGAGGCUAUAUGACACAGUCCAGGCUCACAUUCGAGGACUGAACUGCCUUGGCACUACUACAGAGUCUUACUGCUCUAUGCUGUACCCGAUCUUGCUGAGAUCUCUUCCGAUGGAUAUGGCAUUGCAAUUUAACCGUGUACUUACCGAGAAAACGGUAUCAACCGCUUCGACAUCAACCGCUUUGACAUCAGCCUCUACAGGCACAUCGUUUCACAACAACGCGUUGAAGUCAUUACUGACCUUCCUAGGAAACGAAGUAAGGCACCGCGAAGAAAUCACCCAGCGUACCUUUCAAUCUCCUCCCGAACAUGACCCCACAAAGACGCCGCACUUUCGCAAAUUUAAACCGGCGAAUGGUCGUCCAGUGGUCACAUUGCAAAACAUGGUCAAGGCAGGCAAGGGAAAUGAACGCUGCCUCUUUUGCAACAUGACAAGCCAUGCGAUAGCAGAUUGUACAAGCACAAAGUCUCUUGCCGAAAAGAAACACGUAUUAGCAGAGCAACGCCGAUGCUUCAGAUGUUGCAAGCCGAAUCACGCUGCAAGACAUUGUAGAACCCGCCCAAAAUGCCACAAAUGUGCCGGUCACCACGCAACGACGAUGUGCGACCCAGAAUAUAAGCCUCGGCCAUCUGCCCCUGCUCCCGGAACGUCCGCGGCAGUCACUCUGAAGACCACAGUCAAUCGCUCCCCCCAACGCAUUCUACUUCAGACCGCCACAGCCUGGGCACACGCAACUAAGGAGGAAGUCUUCACGCGCCUAAUCUUCGACGGCGGCAGUCAACGCACGUUCAUCACUCGUCACUUGUCGAAAGCACUCGGAUGUCAGAUCGUUCGCACAGAGCACAUCUCCAUUGGGGCAUUCGGAGUUCAACACAAUCGUCCAGAAGUACUGGAAGCCGUUGAGCUCAGUUUAAGGACUAUGCAUGGAAGAGGUGAACAUCAAAAGAUAACAGCCCUGGUGGUGGAACAGAUAUGCUCUCAAGUCUUGGACGUUCCACCUGAUGUCAUCAAAGAGCACAUGCAGCAGUACAAGCUGGCAAUAGCCGACUGUCGCGACGGUGCCCUGCGUCAACAAAUAGAGAUUCUGAUUGGUGCGGACCACUACUGGGAAUUUGUUACCGGGCGCACUCUUCCGGUGUAUCAAGGUGUACAAGCCGUCGAAACGACACUUGGCUGGACGCUGCAAGGACCAUGCUCUCUACCAAACGUGGUGCGCACAGCAAGCUGUCACACGGUGACUGUGUUGCACGCAAGCCAACAUCGCGAAGCGGUGAACGACAUGAUGGAGCGAAUUUGGAACUUGGACAGCAUCGGCAUACGUUGCGAUGAGACAGACGCAGCACAGCAUCACUUUGUCCUCGAUAACUUCAAGACGUCCAUUCAGUUGAAGAACGACAGGUAUUCAGUUGCCUUGCCGUGGAAACCAGUUGUGUCAAUGCUAGACAACAAGCACAUUGCGGAGAAACGUCUUUCACAAGUCACGAGGCGUCUAACCAAGUCACAGGGGUUAAUGGCGAGAUACGACGCAGCCAUACGUGAAUAUCUUGUCUCUGGAGUAGCAGAAAAGGUUACCCAGGAAAUGGAUCAGGCCCAAAAUGCAGCACACAUAUACUACAUGCCGCAUCACGCAGUCAUCAGGGAGGAUCGAAUAACUACAAAGAUGAGGAUCGUCUUCGACGCAUCCUCUCAUGAAGCUGGCACCAGCUCGCUCAAUGAUAAUCUGAACGCGGGCCCCAACCUAAAUCCGGAUAUCAUGCCACUACUUAUGAACUUCCGCCUUUAUCCAGUAGCCUUGGUAUCGGAUGUACAGAAGGCAUUCCUACAGAUCGCCAUACACGAGGAUGACAGAGACGCGCUUAGGUUGCUGUGGUACAGCACCACGCCGGUAGACGGCCAGCUACUGCCUAACGUUGAAACGUGGCGCAUGACUAGGGUGACUUUCGGCACGGCCCCUAGCACGUUCCUCCUGGCAGCCACGUUACAGCACCAUAUCCAGCGGCACGCCAGUGAGCAUCCGAGACUAGCAAGGAUACUUGAAAAUUCCAUUUACGUGGACGACGUCAUUUUUGGUGCGGCGAACGAGGAGGAGGCAGAGGAGAUGUACACCGAAACCUUACAGCUGUUUGGAAAGGCUUCCAUGAAGCUCCAAAAAUGGGGUUCGAACAGUUAUGCGAUGCGCGAGAAGUUUAAGUCAGAACCGGAUGCUGUUUUGAUUGGAAACACAACGAAAGUACUUGGCAUUCCUUGGAACCAGGAGCAGGAUACGCUGUCUCUACCACUUGACUUCCACCGCACAUCAGGAGAGUACAACGGCAUGACCACGAAACGACAGGUGCUGCGCUCUGUGGCACAAAUAUAUGACCCAUUGGGCUUCAUCCUUCCGUACACCGUCACCGGAAAGAUGCUCCUACAGGAAAUCUGGAAGCACGGGUUGGAGUGGGAUGCUCCGCUACCAGAUGAUAUCGCUCGUAAAUGGGGCGCUUGGCACAACGAGCUCCAGGAUCUCAAAGACAUUGAAAUACCACGUUGUUACUUACCGGACAUGAGCACUGAGAUCCAGCCACAGCUACACUUUUUCUCUGAUGCUAGCCCCGGCGCGUACGGUACCGUUGUUUAUCUACGUCUCGGCGGCUGCGCGGACGGAUACAAAACACAACUGAUCGCAGCAAGAUCAAGGAUAGCACCAGUGAAGGAGGUUACUCUAGCUCGUAUGGAACUACUUGGUGCGCUGAUGUCAGCUCGUCUCGCCAGCUACUUGCGGGACAAUUUCAAGCUCACCACCUCAGAUUUCUUUUGGACAGAUUCAAUGAUUGCUUUGCAAUGGAUACGAGGGGACGCAAACCGCUGGCCGCAGUUUGUGCGCAACAGAGUCACAGAAAUUCAACAGAAGGUAGAGAAAGAUCGAUGGAGAUACGUGGGAACAGAAGCAAAUCCAGCCGACUUGUUGACGCGAGGAACAAGUCCCAAGAAAUUGCUUCAGUCCAAGCUGUGGUGGAAAGGACCAUCAUGGCUGGCGCAAUCUGAUGACAAAUGGCCAUCUCCUGAAGUCAAUGAGAUGACACGCACUCACGUUCAUAAAGAGCAGGUUGUGCUCCAAACCAUCCAAUAA